UGCCUGGCAGUGGCGGACUGACUUCCUUAAGAAUAAGGGCAACGUGGAGUUCAACACCAACUGGGGCCCAGGAACUCCGCAGAUACACAAGACAGAUACUGCACUGUUGUUGAAAGAUAACUCCGAGGAAGAGUAUGGGCUACAAAUAUGUGCCUUUGGUUAUAGAGCCGAAAAACGAUAUGCUGACAUUUGUAGUGAUGAUGAAGAAGGCGAAAAACACUCAUAUCAUCUUUUCAAAAAGUUUAAAGUAUUGCUGUACAGAUUGAAAGAGGGUGACGACGAAACGUGUAGCGUUGAAGACAGCAACGGAGCUCAUCGCAAGCUGUCUGAUGUAAUGACACUCUUCAUCAAAGCCUUGCAUGAUGAUUUUCUCGAACGAAACCCAACCGCCAGAAAUACUGAAAACGUGCUGUGGGUUCUUACUGUUCCUGCCAUUUGGUCCGAGAAGGCAAAGCAGUUUAUGAGAAAAGCUGCUGAAAAGGCCGGCAUUCCACGCAAACAUCUUCUUCUAGCAUCGGAGCCAGAAUCCGCAGCGAUUUAUUGUCUGAAUCUUCCAAUUGAACAACAAGCAGCCAUGAAUAAUAUAGGGAGACCUGGACAUUGUUUCCUGACUGUUGACCUUGGCGGAGGCACAGCGGAUCUGUCAGCCGUUCAGGUACAAGACGAUGGUCUGCUGAGAGAACUGUGUGGCGAGCAAGGCAAUAUGGUUGGAGGACAGAGUGUUAACGAGGCAUUCUUUCAAGCGUGUAACGAUAGUUUCGAAGGGAAAGAAUGGACCGCGAAAUUCUCAAUGGCUACACCCUUUGAAAUGAUGACCAUUGAACACGAGUUUGAAAAAAGUAAAUUGGCAAUUGGUUCUGAAGAACAAGACGAAAAAAUCCGCCUGAACCUUCCGAAAUCCAUACGUGAUUCCUUACGGGCUAACACGAUAAAACUGAAGCCGGGAGCACCGAUCGCAAUUACAAAAGACGAAGAGUUGCAAUUCAAGACAUCGUACAUAAAGGAACAACUUUUUGAUCAGACAUGUAAACUGAUAAAUCGGGUAAUUGACAAGGUUCUUGAACGACAAAGUGGCAUCCAGACGGUGGUCCUUGUCGGGGGGUUUGCAGAAUCACAUAUCGUUCAGCAUAGGAUUCAAAAGUUGCUUCAGCAAAAGUACCCAAGUGUAAAAGUCGUUGUCCCAACAUCACCCUUCCGUGCCGUCCUAAUGGGUGCAGUGCUAUACGGCCAUGAUAUGUUCAUAUUCAGAAGUAGAAUCAGCAGAGCCACAUAUGGUGUCGAGACAAAUGUGUUAUUUGAUGAAACGAAACACGACCAGAGUAAAAAGUGGUUUUACGAAGAGAAAGGAGAAUACUACUGUAAGGAUGUGUUUGAUGUACAUGUUGAGAAAGGUCAAUCUGUUAUUCUCAACGAACAAACUGGUGGAAAGACAUACGUACCUAUAUUCGAGUCUCAAACCCAAAUCAGUCUCAAUUUGAUAGAAUCGUACGAUCCUGGACCGACUGGUGAUCAAUUUAUGUACACGUCUCAGCCCAGUUGUAAGAAAGUUGGAGAAAUCACAGUUGAACUAACAAACACACAUGUUCCUGUUGCUGAACGGGAGGUGUGUGUGAAAAUGAUUUACGGCGGAACUCAGCUGUCUGUGAUUGCAACAGAAUCAACAACGGGUCAAGAAUACAAUGCAGAAAUUGACUUUAAUUGAUAAUUUGUGAUAUCUAGACGUUUAAAACAACUCGACCAGGUAUGGCAAACGAUGAAGAAAGUUUUUCAAGUACUAGUAUAUAAUAUAUUUCUUGACAUUUUCACCGUUCAUUUUUGUGCAACGACAAGAAAAUGGUGCAUUUCAAUAGAUAUUUUCUGAUCGAUUGCAAUAAACAUGUAUACAUUAUUGUUUGUGCUAUUAAUUAUAUAACUGCCAAAUAUUAUGUAAUCGGAAAUAUAAUUAAUGUUAUUGUCUUAUUAAUGCAUAUACUGCUUUACUAUAGAAAUGGAAUUGUUUUAUCUGAUUCAUGCGUGUAUUUCAGCUUGACGUUAUCGUGCAGUCGUCAUACUUAAUACAUGUACGGCUUAAUGUACACAUAAACUGUCUUAUGUUUUUCUAAAUAAUUAAUUUCUGUUACAAUAA